CCAAUAGGGAACGGGGAUCCGGGCUUGGCGGGUCGGCGGAGGAGGGGGGCACUUCCCUGGGGCUUGCGGCUGGAUUUGAUCCGGCGCGGCGGCCGCCAAGGCGGGGGCGGAGACUCGGCCUGGGCGGCGGAGAGCGGCUCAGGGGGAGGAGGGACGACCGGAAACCACGGUUGCGUUCCCAUCCUUAGAUUCGCUCCCCGGGGCUGGGAGCGGGGACUGAGGAGGAGGAGGAGAAGGAGGGAGAGGGCUUGAAUGUUGGCUCGGUAAUAAAGGGGAGCGGCCGCUCCGGAGCCUCCCCCUGGGGCGCUCCCCUCAGUCCGCCGGUUCUCCUCAGCCACCCCGGCUCCUGGGAGCGCGCCCCAGCGGACGGCCGGGCCGCUCAGCCCACGGCAGGGACUGGCCGGCGGCAUCCGAGGCCCGUGUCCCACACCGCCUGCCUGCCCGGCCGCCCGGCCGCCCGCCCGCCGCCCGUCAGUCCCUCCGGCCGCCGCCAUGUCCUCCUCCUCCUCCUCCUCCUCCCCCAGGGAGACAUUUGAGGAGGAUCGAGAGUACGAGAGCCAGGCCAAGCGCCGCAAGACCGAGGAGGGGGAGAUCGAGUACUCGGCCGAGGAGGGCGAGACCCGCCGGGAAGCGACGCCCCGGAGCGGGGGCGAUGGCGGCGGCGGCAGCAACAGCAACAGCGGCGGCCGGAGCUUCUCCCAGACGGAUGCAGGUGGAAGUCAUCAUAAGGUCUCUGUGUCACCUGUUGUCCACGUUCGAGGACUCUGUGAAUCUGUGGUGGAAGCCGACCUCGUGGAGGCUCUGGACAAAUUUGGGACAAUAUGCUAUGUGAUGAUGAUGCCAUUUAAACGGCAGGCUCUAGUGGAAUUUGAAAACAUAGAUAGUGCCAAAGAAUGUGUGACAUUUGCUGCGGACGAACCUGUGUACAUUGCUGGGCAACAGGCUUUUUUCAACUAUUCUACAAGCAAAAGAAUCACUCGACCAGGAAAUACUGAUGAUCCCUCAGGAGGCAACAAAGUCCUUUUGCUGUCCAUUCAGAAUCCUCUCUACCCAAUUACAGUGGAUGUGUUGUACACUGUUUGCAACCCUGUUGGAAAAGUGCAACGCAUUGUUAUAUUCAAGAGAAAUGGGAUACAAGCAAUGCUUAUGUUUGAAUCAGUGCUUUGUGCCCAGAAAGCUAAAGCAGCACUCAAUGGGGCAGAUAUAUAUGCUGGAUGUUGCACACUAAAAAUUGAAUAUGCAAGGCCAACUCGUCUAAAUGUUAUUAGAAAUGACAAUGACAGUUGGGACUACACUAAACCAUAUUUGGGAAGACGAGAUAGAGGAAAGGGUCGCCAGAGACAAGCCAUUUUGGGAGAACACCCUUCUUCGUUUAGACAUGAUGGCUAUGGGUCCCAUGGUCCAUUAUUGCCUUUACCAAGUCGUUACAGAAUGGGCUCUCGAGACACACCUGAGCUUGUUGCCUAUCCGUUACCGCAGGCUUCUUCCUCUUACAUGCAUGGAGGAAAUCCCUCUGGUUCAGUUGUAAUGGUUAGUGGUUUACAUCAACUGAAAAUGAAUUGUUCAAGAGUCUUCAACCUUUUCUGCCUAUAUGGAAAUAUUGAAAAGGUAAAAUUUAUGAAGACCAUUCCUGGUACAGCACUGGUAGAAAUGGGUGAUGAAUAUGCUGUGGAAAGAGCCGUCACUCAUCUUAAUAAUGUGAAAUUAUUUGGAAAGAGGCUUAAUGUUUGUGUGUCUAAACAACAUUCAGUUGUUCCAAGUCAAAUAUUUGAGCUGGAGGAUGGUACAAGUAGCUACAAAGAUUUUGCAAUGAGCAAAAAUAAUCGCUUUACGAGUGCUGGCCAAGCAUCUAAGAAUAUAAUUCAGCCACCCUCAUGUGUGUUGCAUUAUUAUAAUGUUCCAUUGUGUGUCACAGAAGAGACCUUCACAAAGUUGUGUAAUGACCAUGAAGUUCUUACAUUUAUCAAAUAUAAAGUAUUUGAUGCAAAACCUUCUGCCAAGACACUUUCUGGACUAUUAGAAUGGGAAUGCAAAACCGAUGCAGUAGAAGCUCUUACAGCACUUAACCACUACCAGAUCAGAGUCCCAAAUGGUUCCAAUCCCUACACAUUGAAGCUUUGCUUUUCUACAUCAUCCCAUUUAUAAGAAGAGCAUGUUAGAAUUUAGGUUCAACUUUAUUACACUUUUAAAACUACAUUUCAUUAAAGUAAUCUAAAAUGGUUGAUCUCAUGUUGCCUUGCUUACUUUAAGAUCCUGUUCUGUAAUAAACAUAUUUUGCCUUGAGUAAAUUUGUUGUAAACUUAAAUAUUGUUUUCAUUUUAAGAUAUAAUAUAAUGUAGACUACAGCCUCACUGUAGAUUAUGCAAAUAUAUGAUUUCUAACCUUAUUACUAUAAUUUUUCACAGUAAAAAUAUAUUUGCAUUCUUAAUGCUAAGUAUCUGCAAGUAUUUUUCCAUUGUGUAUGAAACUAAUGCAGGUGAAAGUAUUGCAUUUUAAUAUUAUAGAAUUCCUAUUAUAUGUUUAGAUGUUUAAGUAUCUUGCAGUUACUCAUAUUAAACCUAAGUUGUAUUUAUUAUUUUAAUCAAGUUUGAGAAUAACAUUGCACAUGUUGAACUUUAAGUACUACAGAUUUAGCUGAUUUUAUAUUUCUGAAAGGCUAACAGACAUGUGGAUACACUUGUACAGUAUGCACUCAGACUUAUUUAAAUUGGUGUAUUUUUUCAAGUCAUUGUCCAUUUGUAUUGAUAUGCUUCUGUUCCUAGUUCCAGUUUGAAGAUUUUAUAAAGUUACAACAAUGAGUUAAUGCGUUCAUCUUCAUUUGUUGCAUGUGAUUUAAUCUCAAAAACAUCUAGUAUUUGACAUUGAGAUUUUAAUAGAGGUUACAAUGAAUAAUUUCUCUUCUAUAUAACAAUCAGGGGUCCAUGGAUGGGCUUUAGAGUCUAUGGACCCCCUAAAAUUGUGUGUAGAAUUUUGGGUAUUUGCAUUUUUAUUUUUUACUCUUGGAUCCAUGAGUAAUAUAUGUAUUUUUCUAUAUGGUAUAAGAUUUAAGGAUCUAAUUUUGUUUUUAAUCUAAGCAGAUAACUAUUUGUCUCAAUACCAAUUAUUAAACAUUUGUUUUCCCACUUUUUUUUUUAAUAUAUCCCAUAUAUAAGGAAAUAUGAUUUAAGGAGUAAAUGUAGUCUGAAAAAAUUGGCACAGUUGUUAUCAAGAUUGCAGGUUUAAAAAAAAUAAUUAUGACAUGUAUACUUUGUUUUCUUCUUUAAUAAGGGAGAAUAUGUGUCAUUUAUCUAGAACAACUGAAGUUCUGCAAUUGGCCAUAGCAGUUUUGUGAUUUUGGGACUUUUGAACAAACAGCGAUUCCAAAUAAAUCCUUAAUGCUUUUUAAAAUUAGGCCAGAGUUACGAGUAAUUUAAGAGUCGUUGAAUAGAAAAUUUAGAUGGAAGCUAAACAUUCAUUAGCAUUUAUUUCCCCUUGAAUUUUGUUGGCAGUGGAUCAGUGUCCCUUUAGCCCUAAAAAGAUCUAGAAAAUUUUAAAUACAUUCUGGAAAUAUUAUAGAUCCUUAUCAUGGAACCCAAUAGGUUAUACCAAGGGUAAUUUGUGUGUAAACUGUAAAUGUAUGAUACCGGGCUAUGUAUGUUCCUCAUUCAUUGCCAAUUUAAUACCUACGUUUACCUAACUUUAAAUAAACAAAGCUGUUUUUCCUCUA